AUCAAAUCGAUCGAUCAUCUUCCUCAAACCCUCCCUCAAUUUCUCCAAAAUCCCCAAUUUCUUCCAUCAAUUCCUCAAAAUCCCCAAAUGGGAUUCUGUUUCUCCAAAUUAUUCAAAAAACCCCGAGACAUUCCAAUCUCUUCUUCUUCCUCCUCCUCCUCCAAAUCGGACUUCCUCCCCCUCCCCCUCCCCCUUCCGUCGCCGCCGGCGGCGGCGGCGCCACCUAUUAUCGCCACCGGCCCCAUCCUCGGAAAGCCGUACACCGAUAUAACCGACGUGUACGAACUCGACAAAGAGCUCGGUCGGGGCCAAUUCGGAGUCACGUGCCUCUGCACGGAGAAGUCGACCGGCCGGAAAUUCGCCUGCAAGUCGAUUUCACGGCGGAAGCUCCGCACGAGGAACGACAUGGACGGCGUGCGGCGGGAGAUAAUGAUCUUACAGCACCUGACGGGGCAGCCGAACAUCGUGGAGUUUAAGGGGGCGUACGAGGACCCGACCAGCGUGCACGUGGUCUUGGAGCUCUGCUCCGGCGGGGAGCUCUUCGACCGGAUAACGGCUAGGGGGAGCUACUCGGAGAAGGAGGCGGCGAGGAUCGGACGGCAGGUGGUGAAUGUGGUCCACGUCUGCCAUUUCAUGGGAGUGAUGCACAGAGACCUGAAGCCGGAGAAUUUCCUGAUGGUGAGCCGGGAUGAGGAGUCGCCAUUGAAGGCCACUGAUUUUGGACUCUCCGUCUUCAUCGAGCCAGAAAAAGUAUAUAAAGAUGUUGUCGGGAGCGCAUAUUAUGUGGCACCCGAAGUUUUGGAUAGAAAUUAUGGGAAAGAGAUCGAUAUUUGGAGCGCUGGAGUCAUAUUAUAUAUACUUUUAAGCGGAGUUCCUCCUUUUUGGGGCGAGACGGAGGAAGUAAUAUUUGAAGAAAUUCGUAAGGGCUAUGUAGAUCUUCGGUCCUCGCCGUGGCCAUUGAUCUCCGACAGCGCAAAGGAUCUCAUCAAAAAAAUGCUGACAAUGGAUCCGCAAAAGAGAAUUACCGCUGCUGAGGCCCUCGGGCAUCCAUGGCUGAAGGAGGGCGGCGAAGCUUCGGACAAACCGAUGGACAGCGCUGUCCUAAUCCGGCUAAAGCAAUUCCGGGCCAUGAACAAGCUCAAGAGGCUCGCUCUCAAGGUUAUUGCAAAGAACUUGUCCGAAGAAGACAUCAAGGGAUUGAAACAAAUGUUCAUCAACAUCGACACAGACGGCAGCGGUGCCAUCACCAUUGAAGAACUCCGAGAAGGCCUAUCCAAACUUGGCUCCAACCUUAGUGAAUCCGAAAUACAACAACUUAUGGAAGCCGCCGAUGUAGACCAAAAUGGAACGAUAGAUUACUUAGAAUUUAUUACAGCGACUAUGCAUCGACAUAGAUUGGAGAAGGAAGAAAAUCUACGCAAAGCCUUUCAAUUUUUUGACAAGGAUGAUAGCGGGUUUAUUACGAGAGAGGAGUUAAGACACGCCAUGACAGAGUAUGGGAUGGGAGAUGAAGCCACCAUUAAUGAGGUUCUUGAUGAUGUCGAUACCGACAAGGAUGGAAGGAUCAAUUACAAAGAAUUUGUGGAUAUGAUGAAGAAAGGGACAGUGGACUUUGCUGGAAAGUUAAGGAUGGAAUAACAUAUGUUGUAGCAUCUCUUGCUCGAGGAAUAAUAUUAAGUGUCGUUCAUUGUAAGAAAAAUGAUUCCUUGUGUUCGAAUCUUUUUUCGCCGAUUUAAUUAUAAAAAUUUCGAUGAGAUGAAUGAGCUAAGA